GUCAAGCCUUUCGAACAAAAACUCCUCAGAACACAGAGAGGACAUUAUGUGAAGGAUUUUACUUCGGCUAAAUUUGGCCUCUGAGGUGUGGAGAACAUGUUUAAAGCACAGAUAAAAAAAUCACUUCAACUUAACUAUUCUUAACCACAUCAUCUUAAACAAAGCGCUGGUUUUACAGUCGCAAUGGUCACAAUGUUUUCCAGCAGAGAGAAUCCCUCUCCGUUAUUGGCCGCGUGCAUUGCUGAACAACCCGGUAGACACAGGGAGCGCCACACAGGGCAGGGCCGGCUCCUCCAUCCUAAGUGCUGUUCAUAUCCCAGUCAUCAGCAAAUGUGGAUCAAUGCCUGGUUUUACAGCUUUACAUCCUUGAAAUGACUGAGCAAAUAAAAGACAGCGUGGCCUGUCAAUCAGAGACUAUUAGUAAAGAAAUUCCUUCAGUAUUGACCUCAAACACACACACACACACACACACACACACACACACACACACACACACACACACACACACACAGCUCAGGAUAGUAUGGGCGAUGGAGUGAGCAGGGGUGGAGCCCCGGAGUUGAUGGAGUUGUGGGACAGACCCCAGGUCAUGAUAUGCUGACAAACAGAAACAGAGAUGGAUCAUCUGCGCUUGGAGACAGCUUUGGAUCAUCAUGGGAUAUUAAAAGUUUGUCAAAUUAAAUAUUUUUUCAAGAGCAAAUGAUGGACAUAAGGGCUGUUUGCUUAAAGGAGGAUGCUCCGUAGUCAAUCUAUUAGCUUUUCUUUUUUUUUUUCACAAGUGGUCAGUGGUUGAUGUCCUAGGUUUCUUUUAAGUGAAUAGAAGAGCUGAUGCCCGUGCAAAAUACUGAUAAAAGGAGGUAGCUGGUUGAAGAAGAUGAUUAGUAGCAGAUGAUAAUCGUGGAUACAGGCUGCUCUAUCAGAUUCAGGAUACGUUUUAAAUUGUUUCUUUUUUUUUUUUUAACCAAAGCUUUUAAAAAAGGCGAUCUCUAAUGCAAGGCAACAAUGGGAAUGGAUGGGCUGGAAGUAAUCGCCAUUGCUGUUGUUAUUGGUCUGUUUGUUGUCGUGCUCAAACAGUUUGGGGUAUGGGAGCCCUUAUCUCUGGAAGACAGCUGUGACAAUGACCUCGAGCUCUCCAUGGUGCGGCACCAACCUGAGGGUCUCGACCAGCUCCAGGCCCAGACUCAGUUCACCAGGAAGGAGCUUCAGUCGCUCUACAGAGGCUUCAAAAAUGAAUGUCCCAGUGGGCUCGUGGACGAGGAAACUUUUAAGACGAUUUACUCACAGUUCUUCCCUCAAGGAGAUGCAACCACAUACGCACAUUUCUUGUUCAAUGCGUUUGACAUUGACAGAAGUGGAUCAAUCAGGUUUGAGGACUUUGUGAUAGGAUUGUCCGUGUUGCUCAGAGGCUCCGUCACAGAGAAACUGCGAUGGGCUUUCAACCUGUAUGACAUCAACAAAGACGGCUACGUUACUAAAGAGGAAAUGAUGGCAAUAAUGACGUCCAUUUAUGACAUGAUGGGCAGGUAUACUUUACCCAGUGUACGAGACGAUUCACCAUCUGAGCACGUGGACAGAUUCUUCCAGAAGAUGGAUCGAAACAGAGAUGGAGUGGUGACAAUCGACGAAUUCAUAGAAACCUGCCAAAAGGAUGAAAAUAUAAUGGCCUCCAUGCAGCUCUUUGAAAAUGUCAUCUAGUUCCUGCAGAGGGACGUGGAUCAGUAAUGCCAUACAGUGCUUCCAGCUGCAAGCUCCAAACGCCUGAAAUAACUUAAUUCAUCCUGAAAAAAGGACAAAUCUGGGUCAUGCAACACAUUUGACACAUUUAAAUACAAAAUGGCGACCACUGUUAUUUCCUGUCAACCUGUUCUAUGCAGAGGGAUGUGGAGAAAUCACUGUGUCAAGUUUCUUUGCAUGACAGUUUUACUCUUGUUGUUGCACAUGAAGGAAAUGUGAAAUAAAGACGUCACCAUUGCCAGAUGAGCAUGAGUGUAUGCACAACUUUUUAAAGCAUGUGAUGAACCACUCACAAGGAUUCAUUGUUGUCAUCUUGGCAAAUGACAGUUUGCAUAUGUGAUUUGUUACUGUAUAAUAGUGUAAAGAAAUAUAUAUGUUUCAAAGUUCUUUAGAUUGUUGUGUAAAUGUGAUGCCAAGUCAUUGUCAUGUUGACCCAAAAUAUGCUGAAAUAAAUAUAAACCUUCACAAACCGAUAAGUCAGUUAUGUUCUUUU